UCCCUCAAGCUCUCUGCUCGCGUGACAGGUGCCACUGGCGAGCCGCUGGUCAUCCGCGGAGCAGCGCGGCCGACCGCGGUCGGUCGUAUGCGCAGAAAUGCAGUCUCUUCUGUUACAGGCUCCCCGAAACCGACGCUCGAACCCCGCACGCCGACCGUCGCGAAGAAGGCGCUCGACGUUUGGAGGGACUUCGUGAAGAGCCGAUAUAAUGCAGAUGCGCAGUUUCUCAAUCUUGAGCGAAUGCUGGACGACGACUUGAUCCGCAAGCACCAUCUUCUACCACCAGGAGCACCGGGAUCGUCAUUACGAGAAUCAUCAGUCAUCUUCAAGCUCGCAUCCCAGCUCAAGCCUGAAGUAAAGACAAUAUCGCUCGCCAACAACAACAUUUCAUCUGGACAACUCCUCUCCUCACUUUCCCAUUAUCUCCCGAAACUCGCCAACCUAUCACUAGAGAACAACAACCUACAAACAUGGCGAGAUCUCGACUUCAUCUCUACGCGCAAAGGCAGACUCGAGCAUCUGCAAGAGUUGAUCCUGACCGGAAACCCCGUACGAGAGUUGGAGUAUAAGAACGGACGCGGAGACAAGUACAAAGGUGAAAUUGGACGCCGCUUCCCCUCGUUGACAGUACUGGAUCGGGAGCCGAUGACGGUCAUUGCGUUCGAUGCGCCACAAGCGUCAUCGUCGACGCACGCCGCAAGGCCGACGGCGACGACUUUCCCUUGUGAUAUGGGAACAUCUUUCAUCACGGGUGUAGAUCCUGCCCUUGUCAGCGGUUUCCUUGCACGCUUCUUCUCUGUGUGGGACACCCAACGCGCGUCGCUAAUGGACGCCUAUCACCCCUCUGCGACCUUCUCCUUCUCCGUGAACACGUCCAUCCCGACGCGCGCGCGCCUGCAGGGCUUCCAGCACUCGAAAGAGAUGCCGCACCAGAAGAAGCUCGAGUGGACGCCGUGGAUCACCGGCGGGGACGGCGGCUCGCGGAACCUGAGCCGCAUGGCGGGCGGCCUUGACAAGAUGGUGCGCAGCCUGCACGUAGGCGCCGAGGCGGCGGUGCGCGCGAUGGUGGCGCUGCCAGCGACCAAGCACGAUGUGGGUGGGGCGCCGGAGAAGUUCUGCGUGGAUGCGUGGCCGGUGGGCGAGAGUUUGCUGUUGGUGACUGUGCAUGGGCAGUUUACGGAGGAACCGAUUGGAGGCGAGCGGAGCUUCGACCGGUCGUUUGUGCUCGCCAUCUCGCCGGACGGAUCGAGAGCGAAGCUGAAUGGGUGGGAUGUCAUGGUCAUGUCCGACCAGCUCGUCAUCAGGGUCUAUUCCAGCCACGAGGCGUGGCGGGCAGGGCCGAUGCGCGUCCAGCACGGCGACUCCAUCCAACCAUCCCCGUCGCAGCAAUCCAUACCGCCUCAACUGCAAGAGCAGCUUGCGCCGAUCCCGGAACCGGAACGUACGCUGGUAUUGCAAAUAUGUCAGCGGACGGGGUUGAACGUCAAGUUUGCGGUGGAUUGCUUGCAGGGAAAUGGGUGGGAUUUCGAGCGGGCGGUUAGGAACUUUGAGGAGGUUAAGGGGAAUCUAUCCCGGGACGCCUUUCUGUAAUGCCGCUUUAUGAACGCUCUCGGGCUGCCUCCAUCUUGGCACGUCUGUUAAUUCCCCCGAUGCCUUGGCUUGCCCGGUGUCCAACACGUCGCUGCAUUUUUUUUCUCUUUUCUCUCUCUCGAUCUAUCUAUCGCAAGCAUCGUCGAAUGUAGUAUUACUACUUGCGCAGCAUCGUAUCUUAUAUACAUUCAUACAUCCAUACAUACAGUCCAAUUGCAUAGUCCCGACUCCCGACUUCUGAUCUCUUUUCCUCGUCGAAUUGAUCCCGAUUUGCAGUACGAGAAUCUAGCGUGGCGUCCCAGAUGUCGA